UAUAUUUUGAGCGUUCCACAUUAAAACAAUCACCUCGCUCUUAGGAGAUAACAUGUUUAGUUAUUUGUUUUCGUCUUUUUUUCGGAUUAAAUCGGACUUUUGUCUGAUUGUUGAAUUAUUUCAGUAAGGUUUGAGAUGGAGACGGAGAAUAAUCUAAGCGCAGAGGGUGAGAUUCUUAAUGAGGAGGAGGUGAAAAAGGAGAAGCUGUCAUCAGAGGAGCAGGAGGCAGCAACAGCAGAGGAAGAAGAUGAAGAUGAAGAUGCUCUCCCGCACUCGGAGAUCCUGGAUAUUUUCGAGGAGGGACUGGCUCGACUUGUGCAGGACCCUUUGCUCUGUGAUUUACCAAUACAGGUCACCCUUGAAGAGGUGAAUUCCCAGAUUGCACUGGAGUACGGCCAAGCGAUGACCGUUAAGGUUUUAAAGGCAGAUGGUGAAAUAAUGCCCAUAGUUGUUGUCCAGAAUGCUACAGUCCUGGAUCUGAAGAAUGCCAUUCGCAGGUUUAUGGAACUCAAACAGCAGCGAGAAGGCGGAGUCAAACAUAUCAGCUGGAGAUAUGUUUGGAGAACCUUCCACCUGGUAUUUCAAGGCGAGAAGCUUGAAGAUGACACUAUGAGGCUUAAAGAUUAUGGGAUCAGGAACCGAGAUGAAGUGACGUUUAUGAAGAGACUCAGAAAGAAGUAACCCAGGCGACAUCUACUUUCAUGUGGAGGAUAAACACGACUUCCUGCAAAGCACACCGUCAAAUGUUAAAAAAUAAACACAAUUUUGUGUUAUUCCUUUUUUUUGUACACUUUUUCAUAGAUAUUUCCUGGUUUUAUAUAUUUUGUAACAUUUUCUUCCUAUCAAAUUAAAUACGUGUGAUCUGAAUAAAU